AUGAAUACAGAAAUAGACCGAAUGAAACAAUCACUCGAAAGAGAAAUAGAAAGAUUAAAAGUAAUUAAUGAGGAACUAGAUCCACAAAUUAAAGAGAACGGUAAAAAACUUACCACCCUCCAAAGUGAACACGAAGUCCUUAAAGACGAAGUGAAACAGCUAAAAACUGGCUAUGGUGGGGACGAUAAAUCCUACAAAGAAUAUUUAAAGCAAUUAAGAAUCUUUGAUAAGUUUAGAUUUUUAAGGCAAAAAGGCACUACUCAAUUGCCCAAUAGAUUUGCCCAAGUAACCAUUGGGGGUAAUAACUAUUUAGCUGACCGGGCAAUGCCAAGAGUGUUUUUAAGAGCAUUCUUAACUACUUUGGUGAAUUUUGAUGCUCCGGAAGCGACGAAAAUCACCAACGCUUUUAAUAACCGCACCGGAAACCAAGCCUUAGUUGCCAACACGGACGGAGCUAAUCCGACCAAGUUUUCAGCCGAUUGA